AUGGCAGCGCUGCCCGGGACGGUGCCGCGGAUGAUGCGCCCGGCUCCGGGGCAAAACUACCCUCGCACCGGCUUCCCUUUGGAAGUUUCCACCCCGCUGGGCCAGGGAAGGGUGAACCAGCUCGGAGGGGUUUUUAUCAACGGUCGCCCGCUCCCCAACCAUAUCCGGCACAAAAUCGUGGAGAUGGCUCACCACGGGAUCCGGCCCUGCGUCAUCUCCCGCCAGCUGCGGGUCUCCCACGGCUGCGUCUCCAAAAUCCUCUGUAGGUACCAGGAGACGGGCUCCAUCCGGCCUGGAGCCAUCGGAGGCAGCAAGCCCAGGCAGGUCGCGACUCCCGACGUGGAGAAGAAAAUCGAGGAAUACAAACGGGAAAACCCCGGGAUGUUUAGCUGGGAGAUCCGGGACAGGCUCCUGAAGGACGGGCACUGCGACCGCAGCACUGUGCCCUCAGGUUUAGUGAGUUCGAUUAGCCGGGUGCUACGCAUCAAAUUCGGGAAGAAAGAGGAAGAGGAGGACUGUGACAAGAAGGAGGAGGACGGGGAGAAGAAGGCCAAGCACAGCAUCGACGGAAUCCUGGGCGACAAAGGUAACAGAUUGGACGAAGGCUCUGACGUGGAAUCCGAACCAGAUCUGCCCUUGAAGCGCAAGCAGCGGCGCAGCCGAACCACUUUCACUGCGGAGCAGCUGGAGGAGCUGGAGAAGGCCUUUGAGAGAACCCACUACCCCGACAUCUACACCCGCGAGGAGCUGGCUCAGAGGACCAAGCUCACUGAGGCCCGUGUGCAGGUGUGGUUCAGCAACCGCAGGGCGAGAUGGCGCAAGCAGGCGGGGGCGAACCAGCUGGCGGCCUUCAACCACCUGCUGCCCGGGGGAUUCCCGCCCACAGGAAUGCCCACGCUGCCCCCCUACCAGCUGCCAGACUCCACCUACCCGACAACCACCAUCUCCCAAGAUGGGGGAAGCACCGUGCACAGACCCCAGCCCCUGCCUCCCUCCACCAUGCACCAGGGGGGUCUUGCAGCUGCCGCCGCCGCCGCUGACACCGGCUCAGCCUACGGAGCCCGGCACAGCUUCUCCAGCUACUCCGACAGCUUCAUGAACGCUGCAGCCCCUGCCAACCACAUGAACCCUGUCAGCAACGGCCUCUCUCCACAGAAGCAGGGUGCCCAAAACAAGAUGCAGUGCUCCAGGUGGAACCUCACCAUAGCCCUGAACAAUCAGGUGAUGAGCAUCCUGAGCAAUCCCAGUGGGGUCCCUCCCCAGCCCCAGGCUGACUUCUCCAUCUCUCCCCUUCACGGUGGCCUGGACACCACCAACUCCAUCUCUGCCAGCUGCAGCCAGCGGAGUGACUCCAUCAAGUCCGUGGACAGCCUCCCGACUUCCCAGUCCUACUGCCCUCCCACCUACAGCACCACCAGUUACAGUGUGGACCCAGUGGCUGGAUACCAGUACGGACAGUACGGACAAACUGCUGUUGAUUACUUGGCCAAGAACGUGAGUCUGUCGACACAGCGCAGGAUGAAGCUGGGAGAACAUUCCGCCGUCCUGGGUCUCCUACCAGUAGAGACAGGCCAAGCUUACUGAAGAGUCCAACUGUGCCAACAACCUGCUCCAGCAACUUGGAACCACUGGAGAAAACACCACCAGCCUUCCAGGGAUCUGCCCGUAC